UUUUCUGCAAAGAGGGCUGAGCGAGACCUUGCAGAAGGCGUUCGGGAGGCGCUGCGGUGACACCUGCCAGGAGGAUCGGGGCCCUGCGGCUGCCCACCCCCCUCCCCACUCCUCCCGGCUUCCUGCUCCUGGGCUGCGGGGGACCAGAGGCGCCAGAGCGGUGCCUUGCAAGGGAAAGGGCCCCCCCGGCGGGGUGCGGUGGGGAGCGGACCGCGCGCACCGAGUCGGGGCCAGGGGCCAGGUCGGAGUCGGGGGGUGGGGGGAGAUCCCGGCCCCCGAGGUCGGCAGCGGGGAAGACUUGCGAGCCAUGGCCCGGGAGGCGUCGCCGGCGUGAGCUCGGGAGGGAAAGAUCCAGAUCCGUCGCGGGAUGACAAGAUCAGCCUUCAGUAUGGUGGGCCUGCCAGCUCUGAUCUUUCUCCUGUGGGCCGUGGGAGGUGUGAUACCUUCCAGUUCCCAUUGGAAGCCCACCUGGCCUUCUUACAAAGUUCCAGUCGUCGUGCCACAGUUGACUGUUAAUUUGGACAAGCCACAGUUUGACGCAGAAGCCAAAUUAGAAGUGGUAUCGCCUUGUGGUCCAUCUUGCCACAAGCGUUCCCCGUUACCUACUUACCAAGAGGUGAAAGAUUAUCUUUCUUACGAAACGUUGUACUCCAAUGGUUCCCGUACCGAGACGGAAGUUGGCAUCUAUGUCGUUACUAGCGGCAGUGCAGGGGCGCAAAGCAGAUCUCGGACAAAGAGGCAAAUCUAUGGAUAUGAUACGAGGUUCAGUAUUUUUGGCAAGGACUUCUUGCUCAACUACCCCUUUUCCACUUCUGUGAAGUUGUCCACUGGUUGCACUGGAACGCUGGUGGCUGAGAAGCAUGUCCUAACGGCAGCUCACUGCAUUCAUGAUGGCAAGAGUUACGUCAAGGGAGCCAAAAAACUACGAGUGGGAUUUCUGAGGCCCAAGCUGAAAGACGGUAGCAAGGGAGGAAAUGUCAGCGGCUCCUCUGAGCCCGAGAGAAUGAAAUUCCAGUGGAUCCGUGUGAAGCGGACCCACGUUCCGAAAGGGUGGAUAAAAGGGAAUGCCAAUGACAUUGGCAUGGAUUAUGACUAUGCCCUGUUGGAACUCAAGAAGCCCCACAAGAGAAAGUUCAUGAAAAUAGGCGUGAGUCCAUCGGCAAGACAGUUGCCCGGAGGAAGGAUUCAUUUCUCGGGCUACGACAACGAUCGGCCCGGAAAUCUGGUCUACCGUUUCUGCGAUGUCAAAGACGAGACCUUCGACCUCUUGUAUCAGCAGUGCGAUGCCCAGCCGGGAGCCAGCGGCUCUGGAGUUUACGUGCGGAUGUGGAAGAGACAGAACCACAAAUGGGAACGUAAAAUCAUUGGGAUAUUUUCAGGACACCAGUGGGUAGACAACAACGGCUCCCCUCAGGAUUUCAACGUGGCUGUCCGCAUCACGCCCCUGAAAUAUGCACAGAUUUGUUAUUGGAUCAAAGGCAACUAUAUGGACUGUCGGGAUGGGUAAAGACGAUGGAUGUCCGAGAAAUGCCUUGACUGCUUAUCUCCCCUAUAUUGCCUUUGUGCAUGAUUCUGUUUUAAUAAAUGCCUGGAUGCGGGGAUGAACAGGGAGGUCUAUCUUAUUUGUGGUGGUGAUUUGAGUUAGAGGACAAAUGCAGUUUAAAAGAUGUGUGUUUGGCAAAGAGAGCUGGAUUGAUCCUAGAUCAGGGUUGACCUAAAAUGAAAUCCUAGCCUUACUCUUUUCCUCCCACAAGUCACUCCCUCCUGUUCUUUCCAGUUGUCCAAGUCAAAAGGCACAUUCGUGGUGCUCUUAUGUUUAUGUACCAGACCAGAGGGUAGGAGGGGGAGGAAGGAAAGCAGGGCUACUCAGGAGGUGGUGGCUUGGCAUCACUUGCAGAGUUAGUGAAAAUUGGCCAAAAGUAGUCCAGACUCUGGAGGAGUAAAGGGCUUUCCUUCUAGCCAAUGAAACACAAGGCUGAGGUGGAGAAGAACCACCACCAGACCAUCCACGUAAGUCAUAUGAAAGGGCUGCUGCAGAUCACAACAGGCAUUGAUUGGUUUCAGCAGUAGACGUUGAAAACCUUAGCUGUCAACCAUAGUCUCAGGGGAAGGCCUCUAUGCCCGAUUUGUUAGUCCUCCGUGGUAGCUUGUUGUCCACUGUGUGAAACAGGAUGCUGGACCACGAUGGACCACUGGUUAGAUCCAGCAGGGUUCUUCUGAUGUUCUGACGUACCACUUGCUAUGAGGGACACACCACAUUUAUUUAUGUUGCUUCCUUUCUUUCUCCAUCUGCUUGCUCGAUGUUUGGAAAGCAGGCAGGCGUUUGCCAAAUAUGGCUACGUGCCGAGAGGUGUGUUUGAGGACCUCCUGAGCUCGUUUGUCCAGAUAUCUGCAGUCGUCAGGUCUGAUUCUCACGCUGCUUUUACAAGACAUGGCGCAAUAUUCUGUCUGGUCGUUUUAAUCCCAUCCUCCUUUCAAGGAGCUCAGAGUACGUGAUCCGUCCCCUCUGUCUUAGUGUCACAACAACCCCAUGAGGGAGAACAGGGUGAGAGAGAAUGACUGGCCUAAGGUCACCUUGCAAGCUUCAUAGCAGAGGGGGGAUUUCAACCCAAAUGCCACAGAUUCUACUCACUUGAAACAUGAA